CCGUCUCUUUUCUCUGUGAACGGGGCCUUGUCUGAGCCGAGGGUUCGCUGAGGCGGGGCCCUGUGGCCCCGGGGCUGAGCCCGGGCAGCGGGGGCGCGGUGGCCGAGUCCCUGGCGGCUGCGGAGUGUGGAGCGUUUCAGGGGAGGGGGUCGCAGGCCGUGGUCUAGCACGCAGGUGGAUAGGAGCAGUGCCCCACCGAGGCCGUCAGUCUGCUUUCACUUUUCCUUUGCGCAGAACAAUGGAUGACGAGGGAAAAAGCUAUGUUUCUGCAGAAGUAUCUGAUAUGCUGGAAUCAGUUUCUUUUCUGAACAUAGAGGGUAAACCCUCACCUAUGGAGUCAACAGUACUGCCUGAUACAGAAGAACAGGAGGCAUAUCAGCCUUUGAAAGUCUUCUUGCGAGUGAGACCCUUUUCUGUAGCAGAGCUUGAAAAUCAUGAAUCGCAGGGUUGUAUAACUAUUGAAGAUUGCCAGACAGUAAUCCUUAGUGCACCCAAAGAGUCCUCUGCAGUGAAAAACAGUGAAAGAGGAAUUGGUCAUUCUGUGCACAGGUUCACCUUUUCUCAGGUCUUUGGACCAGAAACUACUCAGAGUGAAUUUUUUGAAGGCUCAAUGAAAGAGAUAGUAAGAGCAUAUGUUAACGGAGUGAAUGGACUUGUGUUUACUUAUGGGGUUACAAAUGCGGGCAAGACAUUCACUAUCCAAGGGACUUCAAAAGAUGUUGGUAUUUUACCUCGUUCAGUUGAUGUGAUUUUUAACCACAUAAGGGGAAGGCAGUACCUGAAGAUGAACUUCAAGCCAUAUUUGAGCACUGCUGUUAAGAAACUAGAAGAAGCACAAGCUAAGCAAGAAGAAGCCAUAAAAAGUGCUGUUCUUGCAUCACUGAAAGAGGAGACAGAAAGCAUCUCAAAUACUAUUACAAAUAUGUGUGGUGUGGAGUCGACUUCUUCCAACUGUACUUUGAAAAGUCUUCCUUCUGAUUCUCUAGCAGAGAACAACUUUGUUCCACUUGACAUAUAUAGGACUAAAAUGCACCAAAGAAUGCAAGCAUCUGUGUGGAUUUCCUUUUGUGAAAUUUAUAAUGAAUAUGUGUAUGACCUAUUAAAUGUAUUAUCUGCAUCAAAAGCUCAGAAGCGCAGAGUCUUAAGAAUUUGUGAGGAUCAAGGAGGAAAUUCAUAUAUUAAAGACUUAAAGUGGAUUAACGUUCAGAGUGCUGAAGAAGCCUGCAAAAUACUAAAAAUAGGAAACAAGAACCGAAGCUUUGCUUGUACUAGAAUGAAUGAGCAAUCAAGUAGGAGUCACAGUAUCUUUUCAAUCAGGCUACUACGACUAACUGAUGAGCCUCAGCCACAUGUUCUUGGAGUUUCAGAGUUGUCUUUCUGUGACUUGGCUGGAUCAGAGAGGUGUAAUAAAACACAAGCCUUUGGAGACAGACUAAAAGAAGCAGGAAAUAUUAAUAAUUCUCUUCAUAUCCUAGGAAAAUGCAUUGCAGCAUUGAAGCAAAAUCAAAAUCCAAAGAUGAAGCCAAGCUAUAUUCCAUUCAGAGAGAGCAAACUGACUCGUCUGUUUCAGCCAUUCUUUUGUGGAAAAGGCAAAGCUUGUAUAAUUGUCAAUGUUAAUCAGCAUGCUUCCACAUAUGAUGAAACACUACAUGUAAUGAAAUUUUCAGCUGUAGCCAAACAGGUAAUUCAGCCAAUCCUACCCAAAAACUUUGAUUAUUUUCCACCCAAGCUAGCUGGAGGCAACAGCAAACCUGCUGUGCACUUUGAUGCUAACAUAGCUGUAGAUGACUUUCCUGACAGUACUGAAACCUCCACAGAAGAGGAAGUGGACAUCACCAUUCUGAGUCAUGAGGAUCUCUUGAAAACUACAGAGAACCUAAAGGAGAAGCUAGUUGCAGAAAGGCAAAGUAAACUCCUUCUGGAGGUGAAGAUACGUAAAGAGAUGGCGGAAGCGAUGUUUCGACAGCUGUUGGAAACAGAGGAAGCCUGGAGCAACCGCUUGGAAGAUAUGAAAGACAGUUAUGAAGAAAAACUGGAGAGCAAAUUUGAAAUGUAUAAAGAGGCCAUUAAGAAACAUGCCUAUGUGUGUGCAAUGGAACAAAUUGAAGAUCAUUAUGUUCCCAUAGAAGAAUUUCUAGCUGAACAAGAGAAAGUUGAGGACAGAGAGAAUAAAAUACUGCAACUGGAAAGACAACUUGACGAACAGUCAGGGAGGCUGUUGGCUCUGGGAAGUCCAAAUCCAGAUAUACUGACUACUGAAAAUAACAUGGAACUAGAUCUUAUGAACAAGACAAUGAAGAGAGCCAAUGAAGGAUUGCAGAAACAAUGCAAAGAGAAGGAAGAGCUUAUAAAAGCUCUGAAGCUUAAAAUACAGAAAUUAAAUGAAACCCUGCUAGAAGCUAAUGAAGGCUACAGAAAAAUGGCAGAAGAGAACAGUCAGCUGAAGCAUACAAUCAUGCUCAAGGAUCAAGAAAUGAAUAGUCUUCAGAACUGGGCUACACGUGUUCUUGAGCUUGAAGAAACAGUCUCUUCCCUGCAAAAAGAACUUGAGGAACGGAAAAAGCAUUUUUCUGUAGAGGAGCUAAAACAACAAAAAGCCAGGAAAGGUUUGUUGGCUAACCUGAAAUCCACAGUAGCAGCCACUGCUGGUACGCCUCUUGGCAAAGGCUGGGGGAAGCAUGAAGAUGCUUCGUCUGCUUCUAGAAAACAUGUACUGUGGGCUCAUAAAGCAAAAGAAUGACAUUGGAUUAAUCAAAGCUUGCAGUUACUGGGCUUCUUUAUCAGUCUUAAACUGUUGGUAGCUUUUUCUCACUCUCAGAUGCCAUCUUCACUGUCACGUUAACUAACAGAAAAAUGUUUAAUACAGAACUGUUUUAACUGAAUCAGGGUUGAAUUUAGUAUAUAUAAGUAUGUACUUUAUGUAAAAGUAUAGACUUAAAUUUGUGCUUUUAAUGUUGAUAUAGGGAUUUGAUUUGAGAAAGGUACGAUUUCAAUUCCUGAGUAACUGCUAUCAUGGUCUUCUGUACUUGUGUGUGAUUCACGUGAAGUGGGAUGUUCCUCAUCUGCUGCUUGUUACAUUUUAAAAUUAAGUAUUUAAUUUUCAUUGUUGAUUCCUAGAAAUCAGAUGGCUUGUAAACUUAAUCUUAAGUAGCUAAAAUAGUUUGGUUCUUCAGUUAAUAUUCUGGUUUUGACAUGGAAACUGCCAUCUUAGGACCAAACUGAGCGAAUUGCUAAACAUGAGGCCUCAUAGAAGAGGCAACAAAAUGAAGUCUUAUCUGGCUCGUUGCUAUUUUUCAGCAAACUUGGCUUUGUAAAGGAAUUUGCUUUAUUGUCAUGUGAAUUUCCACUAAGAAUAUGUAUUAAACUUUGCAAAAUCUAUUUAUAAUAAAGUUUUCCAUUGUGAACUUAAA